AUGAAACAUAGUAUACUCAUCUCCUUGGUCGCCUCCUGGGGUUUAACAGCCUCCGCUUCCAACCAUGCAACUCCGAAAUGCCGUCAAGUUUCUGGCGAUAUCUUGUUCAACGACCAAUUCCAGCUCUACCCAUCGUUCUUUCGGUGGGAUGAUCAGCGCUACGUUCUGUAUCUCAGGUAUGCUGCCCCAUCACGUCCAGCUCAGCCCCAAGCCAAUGUAACCUUUUUAUACAGCUCAAUCUACAACGCCAGUAUCGCCGUCUGGGACCCCUACAGCUCUUCACUAGAGCGAAUUAUUUCUAUCCCUGGAAUAACCCACAGCCUAGACAAAAGACUCUCCGGGACUAUUAUAGACCCCACAAACAACGUGUUGUCUGCGGUCGUAGAGGCCGCUUCAUUCUUUACAAGCGCGGGAAACGAUACAAAGAAGAUUAACCUGACGGCUGUUACCAAGGGCCAGUACGGGGCGUUUCUCGAUAUCGAUAAUGGCCUUGAUGGAGAUCUUUAUGUUAAUGGCGCUUAUCCAUCUAGUAUCCUUCACGUUGACUGCGAAGACAAGGUCUCCCCUUUCUACGUCCGGGAACCAACCACUCCUCCGCGCUCUUUUGGCUUUGGAGGCGUGGUUCGCGUCGGUCACGAUCUCAUAGUCAGCGAUAACACCAACCAUGAGCUCGUCAAAUUCGCCAUUCACAGUGGUCAUCACUCACCAGUUGUUAUCCCACAGACAAACUAUCACAAUUUCUCUGGCGGAAGUUCUCUCAGCCUUCCUGUCCGAUACGGCGGAAAGGUUAUGUUGAUGGCAGAAGAUGUCAUUGAUAAGAACACAUCUGGGGUCUCUGUGUUUAGCUCAAAGGAUAGCUGGAAAACAGCAAAGUUCGUCGGCUUUAUUGAGAGUAUUGACAGGAAGUUGUACCCUGCCUCUGUGGCUCUGAGUCAAACUUCUGCGCAUGAGCUUGGCGAGCGGAUUUUUUCGAGCGUGCUGUUCUACGAUAACAAGGUGAACCCGACGAUGGGGGGCAAUCGGACUGACUUUGCGCUGCGGGAUAUCACGGAUUCGGUCGACUCCUUGUUGAAGGCAAAUGGAUUCCAUAUCUAGCG